AGUGCUAACAACACUACAGAUUGCAGUUCUAUGACUUUGUUGUGAAGUAAGGAAGGGAACAUUUUUAAAAGCUCAAGAUCAAUUCUACUUGCUGUGUUAAUGUGAAACAGAACUUUCUUUAAAAGUUUAUGCUUACCUAGGUAUAAACAUUUUUGCUUCCCAUCGGAGGCAGUCAUUCAGCCUCAAUGGCCUUUCAGGAUCUUCUGAAUCUAGUUGGAAGCCAUGGGAGAUUCCAGAUCCUUCAGAUGGCUUUCCUUCUUAUCUGCAAUGUCAUCACGAUGCCUCAUGUAAUAUUGGAAAACUUCACUGCAGCUAACCUUGGUCAUCGCUGCUGGGUUCACAUUAUUGACAAUGACACCAACUCUAAUAAUAACAGUGGGAUCCUGAGCCAAGAUGACCUCCUGAGGAUCUCCAUCCCACUGGAUUCCAACCUGAGGCCAGAGAAGUGUCGUCGUUUUGUUCAACCACAGUGGCAUCUUCUACAAUUUAAUGGAUCCUUUUCCAAUAUGACAGAACCAGAUACAGAGCCCUGUAUGGAUGGCUGGGUGUAUGACCAGAGGACUUUUCUCUCCACCACUGUUACUGAGUGGAACCUGGUGUGUGGAUCUCAGGAGCUGAAUUCAGUGGCUAAAUUUAUAUUCUUAAUUGGCGUGUUGGCAGGACAUUUUGUAGGUGGACAUUUAUCAGACAAGUUUGGGAGGAAGUUACUUUUCAGAUGUGCUUUGUUGCAAAUGGCCAUCACUGGGACCUGUACAGCCUUGGCUCCCACCUUCUUCAUCUACUGCUUACUUCGCUUCCUGACAGGGCUUUGUAUCAUACCCAUAAACACAAAUAGUGUUUUGCUCAUGUUAGAAUGGACAAGCCCUAAAACCCAAGCCUUGGUGACCACACUGUCAAUGAGUUCUCAUCAUUUUGGAGGCCUUAUCCUGGCAGGUCUGGCAUUUGCAUUUCAAAACUGGCACCACCUUCAGCUGGCAAUAUCUGUGCCAAUAUUUGUCUUGCUUAUACCCACAAGUAGGUGGCUGACAGAAUCAGCUCGGUGGCUGAUUGUAACCAACAAACCCCAGAAGGCCUUACAGGAACUUAGAAAAGUUGCAAGCAAGAAUGGAAUAAAGAAUUCUGAAGAUGUCCUAACCAUGGAGGUUGUAAGAACCAUCAUGAAGGAUGAGAUUGCAAUACCACGAACAAAACCUUCUCUACGUGACUUGUUCCACAUGCCCAACUUGCGAAAGCGCCUUUGUCUCCUGUGCCUUUUGAGAUUUCUACAAAUAUCACCUACUGUAGGGAUCAACAUGAACCUCCAACACUUGAAAGGCAAUGUCUUCCUAACCCAAAGUCUUACUUCUGCAUUCUCAAUCCCAGCCACUGCUCUUGGAGGGUUUUUACUGAAUUACAUUGGCCGUAGAAUAAGUCAACUCUUGCCCUGUUUGCUGUUUGGAAUCUUCCUUCUGAGCAUAGUGUCUGUGCCUCAAGAAAUGCAGACUCUGCUUGUGGUUUUGAUAACACUGGCAGGAGGAAGUUCUGCUAUGAUUUAUAACAGUAAUGUUCUAUAUUCAAGUGAGCUGAUGCCCACGGUGAUCAGGGCAACAGCAUUAGGAGUCAUUGGAAUUUGUGGUGGUGUGGGGGCAGCCCUGUCUCCCCUUAUUAUGAUCCUCACGCUGUACUCUGCCUCCUUGCCCUGGAUCAUCUAUGGAGUCCUCUCCAUCCUUGGUGGCCUUCUUCCCUUGAUCCUUCCUGAAACCAAGAAUCAGCCUCUGCCUGACUCCAUCCAAGAUGUAGAAUGUGGGUGGGAAAGUUCAAAACAAAAAAAGGAGGAAGAUGUCAUCAUUAAAGUGACUCAGUUUUAAGAAACUCCAGGAAUUGGCCUCCAGUCAAACAUCAAGAUAAAAGAAAAAUGUCAUUCAGGAGUUAUUCUAGGAAUAUUUGUCUCAACUCCAAUCCACUGCAUUUCCCAUGAAAUAAAUAGAGUGAGAAAAAGUUACUGGCAAUCAUACCUGGUCCAGCCAAGGGUACAGAAGACAGACAAAUUCAAAGAAGGAAGUUGGGGCAUUGUGUUUGUCAGAAAAGGGAGUGUAGGGUGAUGAGCUUUUUAGUAAUAUGUGCAAGCAUGCAUAUAUGUGGGUGGAGGUGUGUGGGGAUGUGUGGAUGUGGGGGGGUGGAAAUGGAAUUCAUAGUAAAAAAUGCCUGCAACCUUCCCCUAAGUCUAUGCUUGUCCCACUUCCAACAAGAUGUGGUGGCUGAACAAUGAAUGAAAGUCUGUGGCAAGCCAGUGAACUUCCUGGAGAUGUCCCAUCAUUUUGCCUAGAUGUGAUGGGUGUGCUCUGAAAAGGCAAAGACCACAUGAAUUUCCUCCCAGGAUGGCUUCCUGCUGAUGGGCCUUUCUAUGAUAUAUUUCUCAUCUAUCAGGCAUGGCAUAGAGAAAACCUCUCUGCCUAUAGUUUCUUGGGCACUCACCUACUCUAAUGGGCAGAUUUUUUCAGAGUCAGUAUGAAGAUGUACUUUAUGUAAUUGUGCUAUUUAGUUAGACAAAUAGAUUAUUCCAUAAUUCCAGGUAAUGAUUUUAUAGAAUUCCUGAAUUGAUUUAAGUAAUCUUAGGCCCCCUGCAAAAUAAGAAAGCUGCAAAAGAGUUCUGCAAACCUCAAUGUAUCAGAAGCACAUGAAUUGUACUAGGAAGAAGAAUAGGCUUGGAACAAAUUUCUAGUCUUGGAAUAGAUUCACUCAAAGGUAGGUCGAGAAAAUAAAUGAUGUCACAAAUGGGGAAAGUAGCUAAUUGAAAUUUACAAAAUGAUAAAAAUGAGGUAUAACAUAUAUGACCUGUUCCUUUGUGAAAACCUUGCUAUGACAUAUAUCUAUUGCUUUGAACUUAUAAUGACAGUUGUGGAAUGAAAAACAGAUAAUACAUUUGCCUUGAACAUAUUGGUCUUUUAUUUACUUUUACUUAUUCACUUUACAUCCAAGUCACUCCCGCACAAUCCUUCUCCCAUUCCCCUUUGAAUUUUUGUUAGUGAUUUUUUAUCUCUCACUCUGCUUGUAUUCCUCUCUGGAUAAAGGAGUUAGCCUCUUCCAGUUCCAUAUCCCCAAUGUAUUGAGUCAUAGCUAAGCUCACCCUCAUUGAUUCUUGAGUGCCUUCCUUUUGUCAGAUUUCUGUCUCCUCCUGGAGAUUCCCCCACCUCCUCACCCACUUCAGUUGCAGAUUUCCAUUCAUCUUUGUGACCAUUUGGCCAUCUCUCCUGUCCUUCCUCGCACCAAAUCUUAAACCCACAAUUCCCCUUCCUAAUCUCAUACUCCAAGUUCCCUUCCUUCAUCUGCCUCAUAUGACUAUUUUAUUCCCCCUUCUAUGUGACAUUCAAGUUUCCUAGCUUGGGUCUUCCCUCUUGUUUAGCCUCUUUGGGUCUGCGGAGUGUAGCAUGGUACUUGAAUUUUAUGGCUAAUAAUCACCUAUAAGUGAGUACAUACCAUGCAUGUCUUUUUCAGACAAGGGUAAAUCACUCAGGAUGAUAUUAUCAAGUUUCAUCCAUUUGCAAAAAAGAAAUUCAUGACAUCUUUGAUUUUAAUAGCUGAAUAGUAUUCCAUUGUGUAGAUGUAUCACAGUUUCUUAAUCCAUUCAUCAGUAGAGGAACAUCUAGAUUGUUUCCAGUUUCUGGCUAUUAUGAAUGAAGCUGAUAUAAAUAUAGUUGAGCAAGUAUCUUUGUUGGAUGUUGGAGCAUCCUUGGGGUAUAUACCCAUCAGUGAGUUAGCUGGGUCUUGAGGUAGAACUAUUCCCAGUUUUCUAAGAAAGCACCACAUUGAUUUCCAUAGUGGUUGUACUAUGUACUAAGUUUGCCCUCCUGCCAUCAAUAAAGAAGUGUUCUGCUUGCACCAAA